AUGCCUAUUGUGUUCCUAUGUUUCUUCGCCUUCCUUACUGGCAUGGGUGGUUGCUCCGCUUUUGGUGGAGCUAUCAAGACAGCGGCAUCCAACUUCCCUGAUCAUCGCGGCACUGCAACCGCUUUCCCCCUUGCAGCCUUCGGGCUGAGUGCACUGUUCUGGUCCAACAUCUCCACACUCAUUUUCAAAGACGACACAGGCCGCUUCCUGCUGCUCUUAGCGCUUGGAACUUCCAUCUUGUCCUUUUGCUCAAUUCCAUUCCUGCGCAUUUUGGCCAGCGAGCCUUAUUCGUCUAUUCCUCACAGUGCCGCUGAACCCGGAAGGCUGUCCAACCCCACAGAUCUUCAUUCCGUCCCGGAAGACUCAGAGGACACAGGCCUGCAUGGAUCGACAGCGUUCCAGCACGGGCAGCACCCCGCGCAUGCGCGGUCGCACUCGAACGCAUCAAACCCUCGGUCCUAUGGUGACGAUGAGAGAUCCUCAUUGGUUUCUAGAUCUGACCGCCCACGCCCAUCUUUUGAUACUCUGGAUGAUGAUUUCCUAGAAGAGGUUGCCAUCGAAUCUCACCACCUUGACAUCAGAGGUCUCGCCAUGCUGCGUAAGGUUGAGUUCUGGCAGCUUUUCCUUACCAUGGCCCUUCUCUCUGGCAUUGGGUUGAUGACCAUCAAUAAUAUCGGCAACAGCGUCAAGGCCCUAUGGCUCUACUAUGACGACAGCGCGACAGACAUUUUCAUUCAGCAUCGUCAAGUCAUGCACGUCUCCAUCCUUUCCUUCGGUAACUUUUUAGGCCGUCUAUCCAGUGGUAUUGGCUCCGACCUGCUCGUCAAGAAGCUGGGCAUGUCCCGCUUCUGGUGCCUCUUCUUCUCAGCAGUGGUUUUCACCCUCACUCAACUCGCCGGAACCACAAUUUCCAACCCCAACAGCCUCGUCAUCGUCUCUGGCUUAACAGGAAUCGCAUACGGUUUCCUCUUCGGCGUCUUCCCUUCCCUUACAGCGCACACAUUCGGCAUCAAAGGCCUAUCCCAAAACUGGGGCGUCAUGACCCUGGCUCCCGUUUUCAGCGGCAACGUGUUCAACCUGCUUUACGGUAACAUCUACGAUGGACACUCGGUUGUCGGCAAAGAUGGCGAUCGCGAGUGUCCCGAUGGACUGGGUUGCUACCGAUCUGCCUACUUCAUGACUUUCAUUUCCGGUCUACUCGGUAUCGGAGUAUGCCUGUGGAGCAUUACCCGCGAGAGGAGCAUCCAUAAUGCCAUGGAAAGGAAGUUGGACCACCGACUUGCAUGA